AUGGUUUCCUCUCAGGCUAGUUAUGCCACUUCAAUCACAAUUGUAUAUAUUAAUAUGCAGAUUUAUGCAGAAUACACGUAACGCUAUUUGUCAUUUGGAGCACGUCGUCACUCUUUGCCACACCCAGCCAUCUAAACUACUUCGUCACUACCGGGGACGCGCUUUGAUUGGAGGAAUCCAGGAUUUUGUUACAGAGUAGCAAAAAAAAGAAUUAAAAAAAAAAAAAAACCGGGUCACGGGAGUUUCAGGUUUGAUCUGCUGCCAUAAGGACAUCUAGGUGAAAGGUGAAUUCAUCUACCCUCUGCAGGGAAGGGGGUGGAAAAUGCCUUAGUACUAAUACACAUACUUUAGUACUUUAGUAUAAGUAAAUGUGUCACCAUCGCACAGAAUCAGUUCACGGCUCUCGAGCAGAUUUAAGAAGACUUUACGACGCUUCUGAGAAAGACACUUCCGUCAUUUCCACCUUGGAAUCCAGACAUGAUCAAACUGUAUACACUGGACACCGUAUUGGAUGCUCAAGACUCACAUGUGUUCCUACUGAACGAGGAAGAACCGCCAACAUAUAAAACCAAAAUUCACCAGGAAGGAGAACGGGACUGGAGGAUACAGCACAUACGAGAUUGGAUGGUGUCCACUGAUCAUGUCGACGAACCAAGAGCCGCCUGUCUGUGCGAAACUUUUUCACCUCAUCUUCCUCUCCACCUUUUGGGGCAUGCAAAUAUGGGUCACCUUCAUCUCUGGAUUCAUCAUGGACAGCCAUCUAAACAGACACACAUACGGCUUUAUUCAGAGUCGACUCUUCCCUUUCUAUCUGCAUGUCGGCUCGGCCUGUGCUUUCUUCAACCUGGCUAUUUUUGCCAUGUACCAUCCCACUGACUUGCUGGAUGAUAAAGAGGCCUUUCAGAUCUUUGUUUUCUUUGUGUGUGUGACUGUGGCAGCCGUGAAUGCCCAGUGGUUCGGCCAGUUGACCUCCGAGAUCAUGGCGGACAUGCAUAUGAUUGAGCAGGCUUGCGGGCUGGGCCAGGACAUUGGGCUCUCAUCCAAUCGUGAAGCCUAUUCCAAACUGUGCGACAAAGACCCCAAGUACAAGCAGCUGAGCAACCGUCUGUGGCUUUACCACCUCCUCUCAUCCCUCUGUAACCUCUGCUGUAUUGUGUGCAAUGGCUAUAGCCUUUAUUACCUGGCAGAGAACCUUACUACCCUUUGAUUUUCAAUCAAAUUUACACACUUAAUAUGUCUAUAUGCUGAAAAUGUAGUUUUUAGACUUUCUUUGCGCUUUCCUUACCUCUUUGUAUUGUUUGU